CCCCGGAAGGAGUUGGCAGAGGCUGCGCUUGAGCGAGUGUGCUUGCGUCCUCGCCUCAUGUGUCUCGCAUCUUUCGGGGCUAGAUGGCGGGCCGCUGUGCGCGGGUGCUGCAGGCCGUGGACACCGAGUUCACCGCGGACAGCGUGGAGUGGUGCCCGCUGGAGGGCUGCCGACACUUACUAGCCUGUGGCACCUACCAGCUGCGCAGGCCGGAUGCCGCGUCCGGGUCCAAGGGUGGACUGGAGAUUGAGGAGCCUCACGUCCGUUUAGGUCGUCUCUACCUGUACAGUUUCAAUGAGGACAACUCUACUUCCUCUCUGGCUGAGGUCCAAAGAAGAGAUACUGCUGCAAUCCUGGACAUGAAAUGGUGCCACAUCCCAGUGGCCGGCUCAGCGCUCUUGGGCUUGGCAGAUGCCAGUGGAUCUAUACAGUUGCUCCGCCUGGGGGUAUCUGAGAAGAGCAGCAGCCUGUUGCAGCCAGUGUCCAGUGUCAUCCUGGAGGAGCAGUGCCUGGCCUUGUCCCUGGAUUGGUCCACUGGGAAAUCCGGAAGGGCCAGUGACCAGCCCUUGAAAAUCAUCAGCAGCAACUCCAAGGGGCAGCUGCAUUUCCUGAAGGUGAAUGAAUCGGGGCCUGGGCUACAGCAUGUCGCCUCCUGGCAGGCCCAUCACUUUGAGGCCUGGAUCGCUGCUUUCAAUUACUGGCAGACAGAAGUGGUAUAUUCAGGGGGGGAUGAUGGCCUUCUCAAAGGCUGGGACACCAGGAUGCCUGCUGUGUCCAUCCUCACCAGCAAUAGACACUCCAUGGGUGUGUGUAGCAUCCAGAGCAGUCCCCAUCGGGAGCACAUCCUGGCCACAGGAAGCUAUGAUGAGCACGUGUUGCUGUGGGACACACGGAGCAUGAAGCAGCCGUGGGCAGAUGUGCCUGUGCAGGGUGGCGUGUGGAGGCUCAAGUGGCACCCGUUCCACCACCACCUGCUCCUGGUGGCCUGCAUGCACAGUGGCUUCAGGAUCCUGAGUUGCCAGAAGACCACAGGUGGCAUGGAGCUGGCCUUGCUGUGAGUACAGUGUGGUGCUUGUCUGCAUGGGUGGCUGGCUGUGCACACUGGCAGCUAGGCUGCUCUGAUACCCACUCUUCACCUCUCAAGUCGCUGCCACUUUGGGUGUCAUUGGCAUACUCACUGCUUGUUUCUCUGUGACCUGCUGGCUCUGCUCCUCUCUGUUGUUCUAAGUGUUUAGGGGAGUUGUGCUCUUGUGGUGCUGUCUUCAUGCUGAUAUUCUAAUGAGCUCUGAAUGCCUCUGGAUCCUUUUCCAAACAGGCUGGCCACGUUACGCGUUACACGAGUUGGUCCUCCUUCCUGCCACCCACAAAACAGCACUGAGUUUAUUCUGCCUCCCACUGCUCUUCCCAUUUUUAGUGGCUUUUUUCCCCUAUUCAACACACUUUUACAUCAUCAUAUAAAGAUGCAUAUUUCUUGCAGUGCUGGGGAUCCCAGGACCUGGCACGUGUGCGCUAGUGUUUUUCCUUCUUUGCUUCACCUACUUUUUCUCCAUCUCAGUUCAUGGUGGAGGACUCUCAGUGCCUGCCCUGAUAAGGGCUGGCAGCUUGUGGUCUUUGUGGGCAGAGUUAGUUUGGGUAGCCUUUUCAGAAAGGCUUGGGGUGGUGCUCCUGGAAGGCUCUUUGCUUCUUUGUGUAGCCUUGAUUCUUGAAGGGAAGACUGCUGGUAAGAUUUUGACUCACUUUCUUUGCUUGAAUCUUUUGAAAAUAUAUAUUCCUGCAUUGCUUGGCUUGCUGCUUUAGGAGUCUGAUGGCUGCUGUAAGUAGUUUGCUUUUUCCUGAUUGGAGGGGAAAAAAAGCAGUUUUUUAAAAAACUGCUUUUAAUAAAAAUUUUAAAUGGUAUAACAUAAAAUAUGCCACUUUAACUUUUUUUUUUUUUUUCCUCCUAACCGUCCUGGGGAUGGGACCUAGAGCCUCCUGUGCAUACUGGGCCAGCGCUUUCCUGCUGAGCCCCCACUGCAGCCCAGCCAUUUUAAAUGAACAUUGCAUAGCCAUGGCCACUGCUCAUCUUGUGACUCCCACCAGCUGCUCUCUGCUUGUCUGAUUGCCUGCUGUAGGUACUUGACUCAGUGGGGUCAGAAGGAUCAGGCCUUUCAUAAACUCUUUCACUUGGCUUCUGAACUUUUCUGGAUUCAUCCUUUGCAUCAGGAGCCAGAACUUCUUAAAGGCUGUUCACACAUUUGUCUGCUGACAUGUGGGUGGUUUCUACCUUGCCACUGUAUUCAGUUUUUUUCUUAAUCCUUCAAGCUGAAUGAUUUCACUAGGGGUCUGUCUCAGACUUCAGUAUUCCAGGUUGAUUUUGUCAUUACGUUGUUGGCUGUUCUGGGAGAUGUUUGUGGUUCACAGUUUUGAAUGUUAACUGUUUCAUUAUUUCCUGCCUGGUGGAGCCCCCUUUUCUGGACAUGAAUGCUUAGUGAAUUUAAAUUGCAGAGCACUCUCACCACACUGGUCCCUCCCCUGCACUGUUCUUGGUGGCACUUGCCCCUAAAAGGUGUCUCUGUCCAUUCCUUUACUAGCUCUCUGAGGGCACAGCUUAUUCUGAAUCUGUAGAAGGUGAUUUUGCCAGGAACUGGUGCUAUGUUUGCUGGAUGAGGGCUGUUGGGGUGGGGGUCCUUACUGCCCAGGGGAGGGGAGGUCUCUGGGACAGCCUCCUGGGAGUGUUCUCCCCAAGGUCAGCCCAUAUCAUUGCCCAAGGGCCCUGCCACUGUGUUUGCUCUCUGGAGCCACCUCUGCCCUGUGAAGGCCCUGGGCUGUAGUGCCGUCCUGGCCUUCCUUCAGUGUUCAUUAUGCUUCUGGAGCACAUCACUGUGCACUAUAACUCCCUGUACAUCAAAGGUAGUGGCAAUGGCACUUUCUGAGUUGUGACUUAACAUCUAAGCUGACUAGAAGCCUGAGUGAUGGCUGGCAGUUUUCCCAGUGGGCACCUUAGCUCCAUUCUUCAGGUUCUUACAGCUGCUCUUAUUGGUGUGGCCUUCUCCUGGGCUGUGGACCUGUUCCCAUUUGGCCACACUUCCUUCCUUUCUCUAGAGGUAAUCCUCUUCCAUGCCACCAUGGCUGUGCACUGUGGGAACACUGUUGGCCUCUUCCCAGCCCUGCCCCACCCUCCAAGCUGCCCUAGGAACAGCUUGGAAGGAAAUCAUAAAUAAACUUCAUAUGGACCUUCCUAGGGAAUGCACAGUCUGCUUGCUGUGGAGCUUUGGCCGUAAGUUACCACUAGCAUAGUGCGGCCAGGGCCCUUCACUUGCAGUUCCUUGCACAUGCCAUGGCCUUUCUGGCCUCUGUACCCAGCACACAGUCCCCUUUGCCUUGUCUCUUCCCAUUUGGUUGGCUCAUUUUUCCUUUAACCUUUGCUUUUCAUUACCCCCCCCCCCAAACACCCCGUGUUGGGGAUCCAACCCAGGGGUGUUACCACUGAGCUACACCCCCAAUUCUUUUUAU